AUGUUUCAAGAAAUUCUAAAUCUAUGCCUAGAAUAUUAUUAUCAUUUUUUUAAUUAUUUAAUCAUUUAUCCAAUAUUACGCAUUCUUCAUAAAAAAUUCAAUUUUCAAUUCCUUAAUCUUGGCUAUUUACCGACUAAAAACGAUGAUAUAUCAAUUGAGGAAUUACCGAUCGACUCGAAUGAUCCAUUAUUACCGCAUAUUUAUUUAUAUGAGAAAACAUUAAGCGUUUGUCCAGCCUAUCCGCAUUUUCAAGCAAUGCAUUUACUCGAAAUCGGUUGUGGUCAUGGUGGUGGUUUAGCGUGGAUAAAAAAGUCUCAUCCUAAGAUUGCAUCAAUAAAAGGCAUCGAUGUGGUUAUUAUUGAAGAGAAUGAAGAAAUAAUUUAUGGCGAUGCUCAUAGUUUACCAUUUGAAGAUAAUUCAUUUGAUCUAAUAAUUAAUAUUGAAAGUAGUCAUUUAUAUAAAGAUAAUGAAAAAUUUUUCAACGAAUGCUCAAGAGUUCUUCGACGUUCAGGAUAUCUUUGUUGGGCCGAUCUUCGUUUUCACUAUGAGGUAAAUCAAUUAUUGCAACAAACGAAUAAUUCUCAUUUCAAAUUGAUCGAAUUUCUCAAUAUAACCGAUUCGGUGAUUCGAGGAAUACAUGCGACUUCAGCUCGAUACAAUUCGAUGCUAGACAAAGCUCCAUAUAUAAUACAAUUAUUUAGCGGAACUUUAAAAACAACAUAUUGCUCACCUGGAACCGAAACCUAUAAGCGAAUAGUGCAUCGAGAGAGAUUAUAUUUAUGCGCUUGCUGGAUAAACCGUAAAAAACAAUGA